AUGUCCGAGUAUAAAGUUGCAUCAACAGGAAAACUAAGCUUUAAAGGAGACAAAUCCUCAAAGAAAAAGAAAAAGCGUAAAGCAGAAGAAUCAAAUGAAGAAGAAAGCAAUCAAGAAGGUUGGGUGUCUGUUGAAACUCCGGAAGAUCUGGUUGGACCUUUAUUUUUUAUAUUUAAUAGUGAACCUCUAUCAUGCCUUUUCUGUUCCGAGAAAGAUCAAUCCAUUGGUGUUCGUCCUUUGCUUGAUAAAAAACUUCAAACUUGUGAGCCCGAUGAAGUUUCUUUCGUAUUUGUGGGUUCUAGAAUAGCUGGCGGAAGUGAUACUAUAUCAUUAAAAACUUUUAAUGGUAAAUAUCUUGCUUCUGAUAAAUUUGGCGCGAUUACUGCUGAAAGAGAAGCCAUAGGUCCACAAGAAGAAUGGCGACCGGUCAUAAAGAGUGAUGGAAUUGCAUUACAAAAUGCUUAUGAUAAAUUUUUGAGUGUUGAUGAAAUUGCUGAUGGUGGAUAUAAAUUAAGAGCUGAUGUAGAGACAAUUGGUUUUUGUGAAACUUGGAACGUAAAAUGUCAAGCUAAGCUUCGUAAAAAGUCAAAGAGUACUAAGAAAGAGAGUAAGCCAAUUGGUGAAUAUGAGAUUGAACAAAUAAAAAAAUAUCAAACCUGGGGUGGUGGUCGAAUAAAGACUACCAAAGAUGAUAUAUCUGAAUUAAAGAAGGCUAAGAAGGAAGGAAACUUUUCUGAAGCAUUACUGGAUCGUCGAGAAAAAGUUAAAGCUGAUCGUUAUUAUGGUGAUUAUUACUUAGAUACUUCAACCAUGCUGCCACCUGGACCGUGGUGGGUAAAGACACGGCCUGAAUCGAACGCAGGACCUGUUGAUACAGAUAGCCACGCACAAACUGUUAAUCCAUAUCCAAGAUAA